AUGGCGGAUCGGGCUUCCCAGAAGUCAAUCUUAUUGCUUCCGAAGCGUCCUGAAUACAGGAAACCGGUCACGGCCAAACCUUCGAGUAGCGUUCCCCCGACGACAAACGCCGAAACUAAAUCUCCCGCUACCGAAACCAGAUCUCCUGCCACCGUCGAAAAUGGGCUGGCGACAGGGCUGUUUUGCCCGUUAUGUUUUGGAGAUCUGUUUCAGUACUUGAUCAGUGAGGGAAGAGGUCUUGUGAUGUGUCCAAAUAAGAAGUGCCCCUACCCAUUCGAUCGUUCAAGGGAAGAACUGCAGGAACACUUCACAUUAGUGCCUAGGUUUACGUUUUCAGACAAGGAAAAAGGGGGCGAGGAAGGAAAAGGAAAAGAGCAAGAAGGCGGGAAGUGA